CUUCGAGCUCCUCCGACGCACAUCUACGGCCGUCACCCAAGCCGUGGAGAACAAUACCUUCCCUAUCAUCCUAUCAGGCAACUGCAUGGCAAGCGCCGGUGUUGCCUGCGGUCUCAACACCGAUGAUCUGAAAUUCAUCUACUUCGACGCUCACGGUGAUCUAGACUCACCGGAUGUCAACGAGAACGGCUAUCUCGACGCGAUGGGACUUUCCAUGCUCCGUGGCGAGAGCUGGAAGACUCUUACGAGGACAGUUCCGGGGUUCAAGCCUUUCACGUAUGAUGGUAACUUUUUGUACUGUGGGCUACGGGACCAAAGUGAUGUUCAGCGUCAGAGGGUAAUUGAUGCGGGGAUGGUUGCUAUAUGGGGUGAAACCGAGCGUAAGGUUGAUUUUGUGGGUGAGUUGAGUAAGCAGUUGGAAGCAAAGUCGUAUGAUCCGGCUUUGGUGCAUUUGGAUUUGGAUGUAUUGGACGAGUCAUAUGGGAAGGUUAAUGAUUAUCCUUCUCCCGGGGGAUUAUUUGAGUCCGAAUUGUUGGGUUGUAUGGAUCUUGUGCCUAGGAGGAGUACGCCUAGGUCUUUGACUGUCUGUUCUUUUGAUCCUGAUGCGGGCGAUGGGGAUAGGAUUGCGGUGAUUGCUGUUCGUGCGGUUACUUCUUUUGUUCAGUCUUUGUUGGAUACAGGGGCUUUGAUUAAUGAUGCUUAAUUCAGUUGUAAAACGAACUUAUAGUCUGAAGGUGGG